CACAACUCGGCAGACGGCGAGCAGGAAACAGCUGCUCUAGUUUCUUCCACCCCUGGCUCUGGUUGCUUCUCGGCGGCGCGUGACGAGACAAGCAGAGGAGAGAGUGAUAUAUCGACAGAGAGGAGAAGAGGAGAGGGAUAAUACAUUUGUUUCGGAAGAGAGUGGAAAGAGAUCGAUCGGGAAAUCAAGAUGUGCAUGGACAAGUCUGCCGUGCCGGCGAAGAAGAUCUGGCUCGCGAUCGCUGCCCGCGUCGGUCUCCGCCCAUCAGCUGGACUAGGGAAACUGAGGAAGGAGGUGAGGACGUGCGAGUACCGCGACGUGCACGUCAUGUGGGAGAUGCUCAGGGACAUGGGCUCCCCGGCGGCGCCCCUGGAGGAGAAGGAGGCCGUCGCCGCCGCAGCCGUCGCGGCUGCCGCCGGCGCCAGGAAGAAGAAGGCGGCGUGGAGGCGGUUCGCCUACUACUGCUGCGCGUUCUGAUCUCCAGGAACUGAUGAACGCGGAAUCAGCACCUGGGACGGCAUCGUCAGGGUUAAAGCAGAGAGGUCGCCCGUGUGUAUAGAUAGAAGCAGCAUUGGCUCUCUCACAGGUUGUACAAAUAGGUAGACGCGGAUAGGGGGAUCCUGCUGAUCCAGUGGAGAUCGUCGCCAUGCCAAAACAUAGGGUUCAGCCGAUGAGGGUGUGAAUUCAGAAAAUGGCCAAUCGAGACGGGGAGCAUACAUCAAAGGGAGUAGACCUUCCAUUCAAGGAGCCCAUUCACAAGAUGGUGUCAACAAGAAUGGCGCCUGCAGCCCAGAAGAAGGAAGAAAAUGCAAUGAAGUGGCGACUCUCAAGGAAAUGGAGGAGCAAGAGAAGCAGGAAAAGCUCAUGCUCAUGUAUCCAAACCGUCUUGAUGAGAAAGGGAAGGCAUAAUUUGAGUAUGGGAUCCCUUCGAGCAUAUGUGUGAUCAAGUCUUAGCAACUUCGGGUGUAAAUGGAUCGGAUCGAAUAUUAUUAUUUUCAUAUCCUUAA